AUGAUCUUGUUUUUACCUUUGACGUGGCGUCUCACCUGCUCAGGUGGGGCCUCCGUGGAUCGGACUUGUUGGUCCAGCACAACCCACAGAUGCUGGACUGGACUGAGAUCUGUGGACUCUGGAGGCCAGGUCAACACCUUGACCUCGUUGAUCCUGAACCCUGUUUGCUUUGUGGAGUAUUAUCCUGCUGAAAGAGGCCCUCAGGGAACCCUGUCUGUAUCAAAGGGUCUGCAGGGUGUACCGGGUCUACCUGGUCUACAGGGUCUACAGGGUGUACCUGGUCUACCGGGUCUACAGGGUCUACAGGGUGUACCUGGUCCACAGGGUGAACAGGGGCUACCUGGUCUACAGGGUGUACCUGGUCUUCCUGGUCUACAGGGUCUACAGGGUGUACAGGGUCUACCUGGUCUACCUGGUCUACUUGGUCUACAGGGUGUACAGGGUGUACCUGGUCUACAGGGUGUACAGGGUGUACCUGGUCUACAGGGUCUACCUGGUCUACAGGGUGUACAGGGUGUACCUGGUCUACAGGGUGUACAGGGUGUACCUGGUCUACAGGGUCUACCUGGUCUACAGGGUGCGCAUUAGUGCUCAGGUAGGUGCUACGUGUCAAAGUAACAUCCACAUGAACGGCAUGACCCGUGGAUUCCCAGCAGAACAUGGUCCAAAGCUGCCUCGGCUUUUUCCCAUCCUACAUCCUGGUGCCGUGUGUUCCAGGUUUCCAGGCCGCCUCCUGCUCCGUGGUCCAGGUCUGAUGCUCAUGAGCCCAGUGAGGAUUGGGGUCAGCAUGGAUCCCCUAGCUGUGUGUUCUGACCCGUUUCUAUCUGAACCAGCACCAACGUCUGCAGCAGGUUGACCCUCAUAAGGCGUCACAUCAGGUCUGAGAUCAGGGUCUGAGACAGGGUCUAAGACAGGGUCUAAUGGCUCCUGAAGGUUUUAAACUCUUAAUAUUCUGAAGUGAAUCUUUAGAUGAGGAUUCUGGUCCUCCUGCUGGGUCAGGGUCCAGUCCUGCUGUAGCUUCUGUUU